CUAACGAGCCAACUACGAUUUCAGGGUGGAUGCCGGCGAUAGGUCACGGCGGUAUGGCAAACUACCAAUUCUACCAGUGCAACAUGUGCGGUAAAACCUACUCUUGGAAGUCCUCGUAUCAUCGACACUUGCGGGAGGAAUGCGGCAAGCAGCAGAGGGCAAAGUGCAAAAACUGCGGUAGGCAGUAUCGCUGGCGAGAUUCUCUGAACAAGCACUUGAAGUACGAGUGCGGAGUGGAACCGAAAUACGCGUGUUCGACGUGUGGCAGGAAGUUUCGUCACAAGCAGUUGCUCACGUCCCAUUUGAGGAAGUUUCAUUGAACUCUCUUUCCCCGAGCGUCGUUUAACCAUAAUACCGAGAA